AAAUAAAAUAAAUAAAUAUCAGGAUCCGAAUGAAAACAAAAUAACCAAAUUGGAACGUGUACUGCAACUUCUUCUUCCUCCAUGUACAAAAAGAAAAAGGAAAGUACAUCUUUCCACUCCAAUCAAACCAGAGGAGAGGACGACUUACAAGACAUCAAGCAAAUUCAAUUCUUGUCUGUUUAAACCUCAAAGCCCCUUUCUUUUUUACCUAUUCCUGUAUAUAUACGUCUCUAAUUCUAAUUCUAAUUCUAUCUAAAUAUUUUCAAGAAGAAGAAGAAGGGGAUUCAGGAUUCUAGUCUGUUUACAGGAAUGGCGUUUUCAACAAUCUAUUGCUCCCUCAAUCUUUCGUCUCCUCCUUCUCCUUCCAAUCCCACACCACCAAUUCCAACAUCGUCACAACUACCAAGUUCUCAAAUUUGGGAAGGGAAAUGGAAGAGCGGGUGUUUAGUAGGGCUGACCUGCUGCGCGAUAAUCGGUCUCGAAAUUGGAAGUUUCGGAGCUCAGGAAAGCGCCGCGGCGGCGACUGAUUUGCAGUCGGAGUCGGCGAGGAUCGUGAGAGUGCAGAGGUGGAGCGACCGACGGGGUUGCCAGCCAUGGCGGGCCAAUUCGCUCGAGACCAUCGUCCCUGAGAAUCUCCCCCGGCCGUCGGCGCGGCGGCGAUGGGAGGCCACCGGAUUCCAUCAGGCUGCGCCGCCGCUGCCUGCACCGGUGCCGGCGGGAUUUGGGGCCAAAAGUUGCUUCAAUUUGUAGUAUGAAAUUGGAACGACGUCGAUUUGUUAUGUACAGUAAAAUUUAAAUUUUUAAUAAAUAUAUUGUAACGUUUCCAAUAA